GGCCGGAAGGAAUUGUUUUUGUUUGCGGUUAAAAAAAGUGGAGCCAGAGAUGUAAAUGGAGUCCAAGUCUUUCCUGCUGUUUGCGAGUGUGUUGUGUUUGACUGCACUCAGCUCAGCUCAGGACAGUUGUGGGCAGCGGCCCCUGGUCGGCCCCCCGGGUGCAUCUCGGAUAGUGGGCGGCAGGGAGGCUCCCGAGGGGGCGUGGCCCUGGCACGUCAGCAUCCAGAUCCUGUCCGUUCAUCACUGCGCCGGCACGAUCCUCGACCGCCUCUGGGUCCUCACCGCCUCACACUGCUUCCAUAACUACCUAUGGAUCAGCAGAAGACAUUUUCGCGUGGUGGCAGGACUGCACACGCUGUCGGCUCUGGGAGAUCACGCUCAGAUCCGCUCCAUCAGCAAAGUCAAAAUGCACGAGGACUACGACGACGUCACGUCUGACAACGACGUGACGCUGGUGCUGCUCGGCUCCCCGUUCGACUUCACGGACCACGUCCGGGCCGUCUGCGCGCCUCACAAUGUCACCCACGAGCUCGCCCUCAACUUCAGCCACUGCUUCGUCACCGGAUGGGGGAGCUCCUAUUUCAGAGGUCCACUGUUGAACAGCUUGCAGGAGACUGAGGUGGAGCUCAUUGACAGGAGGACAUGUAACCUGAUCAGCUGGUACGGCGGCCUCAUCACCGACAACAUGAUCUGCGCUGGACUGGAGAGCGGAGGCAAUGAUGCCUGUCAGGGUGACAGCGGGGGUCCCCUGCAGUGCUACAGCGACAACGAGGAGAGGUUCUACGUGGUCGGGGUGACGAGCUCCGGAGAGGGAUGCGGGCUUCCUCGCAGGCCCGGGGUGUACGCGCAAACCAGCAGCUUUUCAGGUUGGCUGAAGGCGAAUCAGGAAGCGGCGUCUCCCGCUCUACGACCGGACACGAGACUCCUCGCAGCUCUGCUCAGCUCAGCUCUGCUGCUGCUGCUCUGAAACAUCUGGCCAAUGAAUGUCGCUGCUGAACUGCAGCCUCCAGUGAGUUUCUGUUUGUUCUUUUCACACACAGACGUCUGGAUCAUGAAGAGAUGAAUGUACAAGACACACACACACACACACACAUAUAUAUAUAGUUCAUUAGAGCUGGUUUAAAGGCUUCAUCC